CCCCUUCCCUUGUCGGUGUUCUAGACCGCAGCUUAGAGCUUGUUACCCAAUGAUGGUGUUCGCGCUGUGAGAAGAUGCAUGUAUAGUCGAGCCGAAUCCGUUCCGGCGAUAGGUGCAACGUGAGGAGCGGUAUGCCCUCAACGUCACGUAUCCGCUCCCUCGGGCUAGGGGGGUAUAAGAGAGGCGGAACGUGCUCGAAGUUCCUCAUUUACCCUUUUCCCAUACCCCAACAAACCCGUAUACCUCUCAAUUCAUUAGCCGGAGCCCGGGAUGAGCCUCAGCCUGAAUGGGAACGGGAACAGUCGUCGACCCUCUCCUCUUCGACCAGCAUCACACUCGAGCGCAUUCGAAUCCACCAUGGCUGCGAUGGACGAGGGCGUGCACCCAGUCAUCCACACCGGGCGGGUGGCCGUCAUCACUGGGGCGGCGAGCGGGAUCGGACGAGCCGCCGCGCUCGAGCUCGCGAAAGUCGGCAUGAAGAUCGCGAUUGCAGACGUGAAUGAAGAGACUCUGAACAAGGUUGGGGCGGAGGUCACGAAGGUGGUCGGGGAGGGGAACGUGCUCGUGGUGCCGACGGACGUCAGCAAGCUCGAGGACGUCGUCCGGCUCCGCGACAAGGUGUACGAGGCGUGGGGCGAGGUCGCGGUGCUCAUGAACAAUGCCGGCAUAGGCUUGCCGAGCAAGUCUUGGGAGGGGAUUGAUGCCUGGCGCAAGACGUUCGAUGUCAAUGUCUUUGGGUGCGUACCUUGGCUAUCUGCCCAGCUCUUUCACUCACGAUGUCCGAUGGCCGAUAGUGUGCUGAACGUGCAGCAGACGUUCGUGCCAUCCAUAAUCCACCAGGAAAACCCGGCUGUGGUCAUUAACACCGGAUCGAAGCAGGGCAUCACCAAUCCUCCAGGCAACCCUGCGUACAACGCUUCGAAAGCCGCCGUGAAGUCUCUGACGGAAGGACUCGCGUAUGAGCUGCGGAACAGCGUGCCCCCCGCAAACGUGACCGCGCAUCUCUUCGUCCCCGGCUGGACUUGGACAGGUAUGACCGGCGACAAGGGUGAUGCAGAGAAGCCUGCUGGCGCGUGGACUGCUCAGGAGACCGUGCUCUAUAUGCUCGACUACGUCCGCCAAGGCAAGUUUUACAUCCUCGUCCCGGACAACGAGACGCGUCGCGAGAUCGACCAGCUGCGUAUCAUGUGGAGCGCGGGCGACCUCGUCGAGGGCCGCCCUGCGCUCAGCCGGUGGCACAAGGACUACAAGGCGCUCUUCGACGACUACGUCAGAGAGGGUGUUGCUCAGCUGGAGUAA